GAAACAUCUUCAGCAUUCAUGCUCAGAGGGCAGUGGGAUAAAAGAUGGUUAAUGUUACUUAAUAUUGUGAGAUACUGAAAGAUGGACAGGAAGGGAUCGUUCUCAAAGAGACCUACAAAAGGUCAUCCACCUCCUGGGGAUUUCAUUGCAUUAGGAAAGUCCCAGGCACGCUCUGGAUCAGAGUCUGACCUGAGACACUCAGGAGCUCCAAGUGCACAGCCCCUGGGCAGGAAGGCCCCUUUACUACUGGGGGACCGGAAAAGAGAGGCCCCUGGGACUUCAGGUUUGGGUCUGGCUCCUAAGAGACCAAAACUGCUGGGUCAAGGACAGACCUUUACUCCACUUGGUCGGUCUUCUGAGGUGGAAAGACGCGGCUCUCCCUCACUCCAGACUUUACAGUUUGAAGAAUCUGCAAUAGAUGUUGAGCCUCUGACUUUUUUGGACCAGAUACUAGAAUCUGAGAGAGAUUCUGAUGAUGAGAGAGUGGAGCGGCUUCUAUGUGGCUCAGUCAAACAUCUGAGGAUGUGUCGUUUCAAACCAGACCAGGCUGUGCACCUAACUCUCAUGUACCUGAGCAAAACUAGGCCUCUUCUCUUUGGGAGUGAACUGAUCAUUGAGGCCUUCUGCAGCUUAUUAAAGCGAGAUGCGACAAUUAACUUCAAAGCCAAGGGGAACCCGUUGGUGUCAGUGUUGGCGUGUAAUGUGAUGCUAGCCGCAUACAUGGAAGAGGAGAAUUGGCCGGAGGAGUUUGUCAAGGUGUACAUUGAGGACUCCCUUGGCGAGCGUGUGUGGGUAGAUCGUGAGGAUACUAAAGGAUUCGUGGAUAACAUACAGACAGCUUUCAGCACAAAGUUACCCCCUCGCUCCAGUCUAAUGCUGCAAUCUGAUAAUGGGAAGACAGGGGAGCAGUCUGGCUCUUCAAGCCCAGCUGCAUUCUUGUUUGAAGAUGAUGAGAAAAGCAAUGAUUCAGAAAAAAUGCAGCUUUCUUCAGCUUCAGAGUCUUCUCAGAAUGUAACUAUAUUUCCAAGGUAUCCCUACCAGCAGGAUGUUAUAGAGACAUAUGUAACAGAUGUGAUACGUGAUCAUUUUAAUCGCCGUCAGCCGUUGGACCCUGCCUCUCGAAACCUGAUACGCUUGAUGACAGCAACCUGUGGCUAUGCUGAAGUGCGACUCUUGGCAUCCCAGAGACUAGAGAUGUGGCUACAGAACCCCAAGCAAGCUAAAGCAGCACAGGACCUGCUGAUGUCUGUGUGUCUGAACUGUGCCCAGCAUGACAAGAGUGAUGUAGAGGUGAUCAAACAGCUCCUCAAGAUCCGACUGAAAACAAAGGCUCUCAUCAACCACUUCCUGCUAUCUAUACGAGAGCUUAUGUCACAACACCCUGACAACAUGAAACUAAUCCUGACACACACGAUAUAUAAUGAGUUGUCCACGGCCCGAAACCCAAACAACAUGCCUCUGCUGGUGGCUAUCUUCCAACAGGAUGCUGAAAAGGCUGCCAAGGUGUUGGCAGAGAUCUUCCAGGACCUGUUGGUGAACAAAGAUGACUACCUAAGAGCUCUGCGCGCAUUGCUGCGGGAAAUCGUCCGGUCACUCCGUCAUGACUUAACGUUCUCUCAUUUCUGUCUGGGCAUGAUGCAAGAACGAACAGAGGCCAAAUUUGUGGACAUGGAACCGCCCUUCAAGGAGCGCUAUGUUAACUCUAUUGUGGACCUGAUCACCCUCAGUAUUCUCUUGGGGGUGACCCCUGCAGUGAGGGAGGCUGCUACAGCACAGGCCCGUGGGGAAAGAAGAGAUUUGGAUGCUCUGUUUCAUCACCGAAGUCAAGCUGCAAUUAUAGAGAGAGAUUCUGUGUGGUGGCUUCACACUGUGGUCCCAAAACUAAUAGAGUUGAAACCUCAGGACUACAUGCAUUGUCUGAGGAAGGUCUUGUUUAUGGAAUCUCCAGAGCACUAUUACAACAAAGACAAUUGGCCCCCUGAGGGGGACCGUGGUGUGUUAUUGAAGCUGGCCUCUGAAGCACCUGUGUUAGAAGACACCCUGAUGAGGAUACUGGUGAUAGGUUUGUCCAGAGACUUACCUGUUAAUGCCCCUGAUGCCAUGGACCUGGCCCAUACACUGGUCAAACGGGCUGCUAUGUUACACAUGGAUGGUCAUGAGGUUUUGCGAGUUGAAAGGUUGGAAUUCAUUGAUGCCUUGCUGAACCUAUGUGCCUAUCGCCAUCCUGAGAACACUGUGCUUCCUAAAGGGUAUCAACCGCCCUCACUGGCUAUCUCUGCCCUGUACUGGAGAGCCUGGAGCAUGUUACUCAUCAUCACAGCCUAUAAUCCCACUACCUUUGGACGAAUUGCGGACAACUACCCAACACUGAAGUGUCUGAUUGAAAUGGUUAUAACAAAUAAUUAUGACUUCCCACCACCUACAACAGCUUCCGAUGAUAAAAUUAUUGAGGACAUGAAAAACAGAGAGUUGCAGGUAGAACAACUUGAAAAGCAGCAAAUUCUGGAGUUUGAGACUCACCUAGCUGCUGCCAGUAAAAUGACAAUAACAGAGCACAACAGUUUGUUGAUAGCACAGCUGACGACCAUGAACCCCAGUGGUAUAACCAGACGUCCCCCUCAGGCUGUGCUUGAACAGCUGAAAACAUUGACCAAUCUCCUGAACAUCAGAGAAAUGUUCUGUAAGAGUCGCGACCCAGAUUUCCUGUCAGACAUCAUCAAAAGACAGGGUACAUCUCGGUCCAUGCCUUGGCUGGCUGACCUGGUGGAGUCCAGUGAAGGGUCCCUUGAUGUCCUACCCGUCCAGUGCCUGUGCGAAUUCUUACUGCAUGAGUCGCCACAGGAUCUCGCCAAAGAGCUGGAAGAGGAGGACGAAAACAAACCGGAAACCAAACUCAAGAGAAUGAAAUUACGAAAGCAGGAGCAGUUGUUAUCACGCCUCCAAAAAUUGGUUCAUGAUGGAAGCAGCGACAGUCAGACGACGUUCCAGGUCCUGGAUUACUUCCUUCAGAAACUGGCUUCUCACCAGUCAUCUGCUCGACAACAAGCCAUCAAGGGUCUAUCCAUGGUGAUUUCAAGCCCCUCCUCAACCAGCAGUGAACAUGAUGACAUGGAGGUGGAGGAAGAGUCAGAAGUGGCUCGCUAUAUGCCACAGCACAAGUGGCUCCUGACAGAGUUACCUUCCCUGCCUGUGUUCUCUGAUGUCAGAGGUCAGCUGUCUGUUGCUCUUAGACAGGCAUGUCAGGUGGAAACAGACCCAUCCUUGGUCAGUGCUUACAUCGUAUUUCUCUCUCACUAUGCCAUGAACCAGCAGCUUCAAACCCUGAGUGAAUUAGCUGUGGAUCUUGGUCAGCUGAUCGUAGAGAGGUGUGCUGUCAUCAACCACCUGUUCCCUAUGGAGGAGGAAAGGCGCACGAGACAGGCUGACAUCACCCUGCGUUCCCUCAUUCACCUGUACACCAGCUACCUGAGGAAGGCCAAGGAGCCAGACCGUGCGUCCUACACUUGGUCAGAUACACAGGACCAGAUCUUACUACAGUGGGAGAAUGGAGAGACAGCCACUAUGCAUGUCCUGGUUGUUCACGCCAUGGUCAUUCUCUUGUCUUACGGACCACCCAAAGAUGAUUGUAUGUAUGAAGAGUUACUCGAAACCUGGUUCCCAACCAAUAGUCAUCCUCCCUCUGCAUUUCUGCUGGACACCUCAGAAGAAGCCUUGCUCCUACCUGAUUGGUUGAAAUUGAAAAUGAUCCGGUCCAAAGUUCAGCGAGUUGUUGAUGCAGCUCUUCAAGACUUAGAACCAGCCCAGUUGUUGCUGUUUGUGCAGUCAUUUGGGAUCCCUGUAUCCAGUAUGAGUAAAUUGUUGGAGUGUUUGGACAAUGCAGUGGGAGUGGACAGUGGAAACCUUGAGCAGGCUGUAAUAGAUAAAGGUUACAUGGCACAGCUGAUUGAGAUUCAGCAGAUGCGAGGGGCAAGUGGGGGGGAUCGCUUCUACCAUCUGCUGACACAAGGCGCUCCAAAACCACCUCCAGUUGCCAUGGAGGAGGAGAAAAAGUGUGUAGAGAAGCCAGUGUUGGUCACUGAUACCAGACACACUAAAGAACAAUUAUUGAAAACUGUACCAGAAGCUGUGGAGUGUUUGAAAAUGAUUUUCCUGAGUGGUGGGCCUUCUGUAAGUGCCAGACCUCCAUUACACAGCCAGCUGAUGAAGAAAUUGACGCUGGCAGGUGACUUUCCAGAUGUGCUUAUUGAAGCGUUUAACACGGUAUUAUCAGACAGAGAAGGCAAAGUUUUCCUGGCUAGUCUACACAGACUGAUUCACCUGUCCUGCCCCCUUGUUAGGCUGCUCUCUGCUAAACAGCCUGAGGGUACUAGUCAGCAACUUGCCCAUUUGUUUGAGAAGAUUGCAUCCAUGUCUGGAGGUCAAAGGUCAGGAUUCUCAGCUGUUGUUAACCAAUACUUGACAUCUUGUAAACGACAAGUUCAAAAAGAAGGUUCAAAGAAAGUUGAAACAAAACGAGACACGAAGGAAAAGACGGAAAAGGAGGACGAGAGCAGCAUUAUCAGAGAGCUGCAGAGACUGGAUGGUGAGGGUAACCCCAGCCUAGGUAAGGUGAUAGAGAGACGGAUGAAGAGUGCUGUGGAGCGGGGCAGAGCUGCAGGCACACAGCUGGCCUGUAAACUCAUGCUGCAUUCUGAAACAGGAUUAAAAUUGCCAACAUCAGCAGCUAAUCUGCUUACUGAUUGGCUGGAGCUGCUUGACCCAGAGGUCAUCCAGUCCACUCCAGAGCUACAGAGAAUGUUGAUCUUCGGGAGGCAGCCUGGUGGACAAGAUCAGGAGAGGGACAGGGGAAGUAACCAGCCCUACCUACUGGCUUUACUCACUCACCAGAGCAGCUGGAGCACCCUGAGGCAGUGCAUGGACUUACUGCUGCGUGUGGAGGACAUAAACAGGUAUGACCCGACCUGUGUGCUAGACUUCCUGUGGGCCUGCUACAACAUUCCCAAGAUAUGGCAAGGCAGAGACCGGAAAUUACCUAAGAACUAUACUCCAGAAGAUGUUCUGGGUUUGACGGACUCUCAGCUCAUCUGUUUGGCUGACACUAUAGUGGCAGAGGGCAACAUGAACCAGUCAGCGUCCUCGGCUGGGUCACAUGUCAAGGUACAUGUACCUGUGGAAGUGUCAGAUGUGAUGAAUAGUCGCACAGAAUUGAUCAAGUGCUGUCUGUGUGGCAGAGAGAACAAGCUGAAGGUGGUUGUGAACCAUGUCCAGUGGAAGCUCAAAGAGGACAGCGACCUAAGCCAGUUGUAUGGUCAGCUGUUGGUAGAGCUCUACUUACAAUACCCGUACAUCGGCUCAUGGCUGGAGGAAAACUGCCCGUACAUCAUGGACACCCAGUCCACACAGAGAGGACACAGCCAGCUGGACAUGAUCUCUCACCGGCUGAUCACAACCCUGGGUCAGGCUGUGGCUGGGAAGCAGGCUGAGAAUCGCAUGAGAGAUGCUAACAUUGCCUGCAGGAAACUCUCAGCUCAGCACCCUCUUUUGAUUCUCAGGCAGCUGCCCAUGUUGGCAGCCCUGCUGAAGGGUAGAACUCAAUUCACCUUUGGAGAGAUGCGGCAUCGUAACUAUCUCCUGUUUUUCACCCAUGUCCUGGGUCUACUGGAGUUGUUACAGCCCCACAUCUUUCGUAAAGAGUUCACAGCUUUGGAGGAUCUGCUCGGGCUCUUCUUUGAUCUCAUCCAGGCUCAUGGUAUGCAGAAGCAGAUGGUGUCUGUCAUUGUCAAGUUCAUGACAUUCCUCCAUCAGUUUAUCAGUCAGGAGCCCCAGAGGGCUGGCAAGUACUUACAGCAACAUGUCCAGCUGCUCAGUCAAGUAUCCAAUCAGUAUCCCGAAUUGGCCAUUCUGAAAUCACUGCUUGCUGGUCUGACUUUACCUAGGCAGAAUACAAGUGAGGGAGAAUUCUCUUCAGGGGAGACCACUCCAUCUGUCACACCAGCUCGGCCUGCCUCUCCAUGGACCACUGCUCAGCUGGAGCCUUUCCACAAAAAACUCAAGAGAGAUAACAUGGAUGAUGUGUUUGAAGUGCUUCAUGACUUGGAUGAGGCCUCAAAGAGGAAGGUUUACAUCCUACAAUAUUACAUUGAGGAUUUAAAGCGACUCCUCGUGGUGCAAAAUGACCGCUGCAGAAAUACUGCCUUUGCACUUCUACUUCGGCAUAUCCGCCACUCACCAGGGUCUGCACCAAGUGUAUUACCUGCUUUCCUCCAUUGCCUGGAUAGUCAAAGUCCUGACCUUAUUAACUCAGCUCUCAGAAAUCUCCCAGAGUUUGCUGUUCUCUGCCAAGGUCAUGCCUGCAGCUUACUCCAAAGGGCCUUCACAGUUGGUAUAACCACAACAGUAGAAACACACACCUACAUUGCUGAAGCAUUACAACUGCUGAACAUGGAGAGCCCUUAAGGUGUACAGGGGACAAGGGCACCAACCUAGUACUACAUGGACAUUGUAUAUGUACAAAUCAAAUUGACAUUCUGGGCAUCAAAUUGAGGAAACAUUUGUCAUCACCAAGUCUGGAAAACUCUGGAAAGACUUCAUACAGUGUUGUUCUGCGGCGAAAAAACUUUCUUGCCAUGGAAAAAAUCAGUGUUUGAAAUGUGAAAUUGUCAAAGUCACUGAAAAUCAACAGAGACAGUGACAGUGCUUGCCAAAGCAUAAUUGCUUCAAUGAUGUAUUAAAAUCAUUUUGAAUGUUUAUAAAACAAUAUAUUUCUGCUAC